AUGGGCUUGUUGGCACAAUUAGGUGCAAUAAGCCAAGUGGCUUUGCUGGCUGCGGCCGCUUCUCCUCGCCAUAUUGUGACAGAUCCCUACCUUGCAACUCAAUGGAAUGCCUGUCCCGCUGUCUGUGAUAGCGCAAAUCCUGCCGAUUGGACAUUCUACCCAAACUUGAAAAUUCUCAAAUCAUGCGAUGAGCCGAUGCUCUUGAACCUGGCUGUGCACAAUGGCGCAAGCGAUACCGAAGGCCACCAAACAUUGUAUGCAUGUGUUGCAUCAAAUGAGACGACAUUUGGUGACUCAGACACUAAAUCCUACAAUUCCCCAAAUUCUCCAAGCUAUUCUACAAAAAGCGUUCAGAUGGAGACUGCCUGGCGUGGCGAAGACGCAUCUGAAUAUUUGUCUCAUAUUGAGGAUUCAGCUCGGGCAGUGCAAGCUCAAUUGCAUUUGCCAGCGAACCAGAAAACCAAACUUGCAUUGGGUUACUCCAAUGGGGUGGCCUUCGGUGCAUACUUUGGCUCUAUGAUGGAUAAGAGCAAGAAUAAGAGCCUUUUUCAGUCUUUCCUGGAUAAGAUCCAUCAAGGAGAGCUGAAUAAAUCCGGUUCAAUGAUGCAAGUCUGUGACGGCAAUCGCUCGGCAGCUUACAGCCUUGGUGUGGUAUCUGAGGCAAGUCGAGACCCUGCCGAGGCUCUUGCCUCCGUGAAAGAAGCGCUUUCAACCUGGAGCAAAGGAAAAUGUCUCCAGGGAUACACCGAAAGUUCCUUGUCCCGUUUCUCUGUGGGCGAGACCGAAGAGCAGCGUUCACAUGAUAAGAGAGCACUCUCUGGAAAUCACCAACGAGACACAUGCAGGGACAUUCAAAGCGAAGAGGGAGAGGGCUGUCCUGAACUCGCAAAAAGAUGUGGAAUUAGUCCUGCUGAUUUCACAAAGUACAAUUUAGACACUGAUUGCUCAAAAAUGCGCGGCGGUCACCAUGUGUGCUGCUCUGCGGGAACUCCCCCUGAUUACUCUCCCAAGCCGAACGCAGACGGAACUUGUCACGUUUAUACAGUUCAACACGAUGAUGACUGCGACGGGAUUGCCGCUGCCAAUAGCAUUUCCACUGAUGAUAUUUUCGACUGGAACAAAAAGACCUGGGGCUGGAUGGGUUGUGGUAGCAAUCUACAGGCUGGUGGUAAUAUUUGUCUGAGCAAGGGCGAACCUCCAAUGCCCUCGGUAGUCAAAAAUGCCGUCUGUGGACCUCAGAAAGCUGGAACCAAGCGGCCUGAUGACUGGGAUGAUAUCGAGAGCUUGAAUCCUUGCCCACUAAAUGCUUGUUGUGAUGCCUGGGGUCAAUGUGGAACCACUGAUAAGUUCUGUACAAAAACGAACUCUUCGACGACCGCCCCUGGAACCGCGAAACCUAAUACCAACGGAUGUAUAUCGAACUGUGGCACUGAUAUUGUGUAUCUUGACGACGGUUUCCCUGCUGGCUUCGAUGCUCCAAUCAUGGUUGGAUAUUAUGAAGCCUUCCAAAACACACGAAACUGCUUGAACUUGGAAGUCUCAGCUAUCGAGAACGAGAUAUCAGUUGGGAAAUCGUUUGCUUUGACUUGGGACCAUAUUCAUUUUGCCUUCGCCAACGUCACUGAAGACUUUGAUGUCGAUAUUACGAACGUGGAGCACGAGUUUACUCAGUUCACAAAGUUUUCGGGACAGGGCAAAAAUCCAAAGGUGCUGUCUUUCGGUGGCUGGUCCUUCUCAACAAACCUAGACUCGUAUGCUAUCUUCCGAAAGGGAGUUACAGAUGAGCAACGUUCUUUGUUUGCGUCCAACGUUGUGAAGUUUGCAGAUGAGCAUGCCUUGGAUGGUUUGGACUUUGAUUGGGAAUACCCUGGUGCCCCUGACAUUCCAGGAAUCCCAAAGGGCGAUUCAGAUGAUGGUGAACGUUAUCUUCAAUUCUUGAAAGAGGUCCGUGAGAAACUUGAUGACGAUAAGACACUGUCAAUUGCUGCACCUUCAUCCUUUUGGUACUUGAAGGGCUUUCCUAUCAAGAAGAUUUCAGAUGUUGUGGACUAUAUCGUAUACAUGACUUACGAUAUCCAUGGUCAAUGGGACUGGAACAGUACAGAUCCAGAUGCAAUGGAAGGCUGCGACGGUCAUGCUUGUUUGCGUUCUCACGUCAAUUUUACGGAGACUACGAACUCAUUGUCGAUGAUCACCAAAGCAGGAGUCCCAAACAGCAAAAUUGUCGCAGGAAUCGCAAGUUAUGGCCGAUCUUUUGGCAUGGAGGAUCCAAAGUGUCAUGGACCUGAGUGUAAAUUCACAGGUCCAGAGUCCGGAGCUAUGGCUGGAAGAUGUACGGACACCAAAGGGUACAUUUCCAACGCAGAGAUUAACGAAUGGCUGGAGAACAGCGACGUCAAUACUUACUUUGAUAAUUCCAGCCGUUCAACCAUCUCAUAUUCUUCGGAUGGCACUUGGGUGGCUUAUAAUACCGAGUCUGAGAGGAAUGACCGAAUCAUGGAGUGGUACAACGACAAAACUGUCCUCGGCACCAGCCUUUGGGCAAUAGACUUGACAGAGUUUGUUGUUGGUCUUCCAAACGGCCAACGUCUUGAGCCGUUUGAAAUUUCAACUUGCGGUGAUUCGUUUGACAGCCUUGAUGAUCUCGAAGCCGCCACAGGAAUUGACGAGUUCUGUAUGAACACAUACUUGAUGCAAGCUCUCAAUGGUAACCUCACGGCUUCACUAAAAAAAUAUCAAGACCUCCUAGACGACGGCUACGACGAUGAGUUUAAUUGGUACAAAAAAGCGGUUGAAGAAUCGGCUCCGAAUUCCCUGAAAGACUUCCUGAAGAACCACGCCGACGAUUAUUUCGAAUGCUCCUGUGUGCCUAUGUCCUCUACAACCCGUUCCCCUAUAGAUGGCGCGGACAAUUCAACUUCUCAAUGUCCGUAUGCUCCCAAAGAGGGUGGCUACCAGGAAUGUUGGUGGGAUGCCAAUGAUAAAGAUGGGUUCGAGGAAGACGUCAUGACAUCUGCUGGAAUCUCGUCUGACUGGUUGCUAUACGGCUAUGAUGGAAGUCACUGCGAAAGAGAUCUCAAUAAUCCCAUGUCAGGUAACUUCAUAUGCUCAGGAAGUGCAAAUAGGGGUAAUCCUACUCUUAAGCCAGGCUACACUAUCACCAACCCAAAGGAUACCAUCUCUGAUCGACUGCCCAGCAUCAAGACUUUACAAGACAAUCUAAGCUUCAUCAGUAUGCUAUCAGCUGAGAACGCAUACGAGGGCGACACAUCGGAUGUUGUGGACGGUGCUGCAUUGCUGACACUCAUGGUGUCACAAUCUGUGACAAGCAUGAAACAAGUCGCAGAAGUUGGUGAGGAAUAUAAAGACAACUGGAUCACAGAAGUGGUUGUUUUAUUCGUUACUGCCCUCCUGAUGGUGAUCCCUGGCCUGGGGGAGGUCGCUGAAGCAGAAGGAAUGGUGGCAAUUGCAACCACGCUUAGAGUCAUCGGCGAGGCUGGUGAUGUGGGAAUGACUGUUUACGAUAUUGUGAGCUCCAAGGAUGAGGGACCGGGUGCUAUUUUCCUGGCAUUACUCGGUGGUCUUGGGUCUUUGGACAUGAUCAAAGCCCCUGAGCUAUUUGGGAAGGCAGCUAAGGCAAGACGCGGUAUGAAGGACGAGCAUUUUGCGACAUUGGGACAUGAAAUAAAGGGUGGCAUGGGCCAGGUUGAUAAAUUAAUCGCCGCUUGCUAUUAG